AGGUGGGGAUGGUAGCUUAUGCAUUUACCGAAGGUGCUAGAUUCAAUCGAGUUGGCAUUCGAGAGCAACAGAAUCUGAAUCAAUAUUAGAUGAGUGUUGCCGUCAACAUAUCAUCAUUCGAUCAUUCAAUAUCAAAAGAAAAGUAGCGGUCCAAUUUUCUUGGAAAUCGUGACCCGAUUGUUGGUUGAUCGAGAUAAGAAGAUUUGAAACGAACGGAGAAGUGAAAGAUUUUGGUGGAGAUGUUGAUUCGCGCACCUUAUUCAUUAUCUUUCGUUCUCGUGGUAUGCUGUUGGUUUAGACAUAAUGCUGCAAUUCCAUUUGCCUCUCGUUCUUCGGAUGCGAGUCGAAUGCGGCAUGCAUUCAAAGAUAAAAAAAUAGAUUCCCAACAUUAUGAUAUUACUGCGCAAUCUCGUACACUGAGAAAAGCGGGAGACUUAUCGGAUUCUUCAUCUGAUGACAAUAGCGACAACACAAUUCAUAACAUAAUAAGGAAUGAAAACGUGAAUCUGAAUAUCUUCAGUCGUCCUAAAAAUAAAUAUGAAGAAAAUAAACAAAACGCUCCUAAGAAGAAGGUUCCAUUGUUUUAUCGUCCUUACCAUAAACCGCUAGAGAAUAUUUACGAGGAAAAACAAUCGGCGAAUUGUUCGAGAGGUAAGAAGGAGAAUCAGAGGUAUUCGAGUAGCUUCGUCGCGAAUUUAACGAAUCGUAUAACCAUCGACAAGGAGUUUAAACAUGUAGUUGGCAAUAAUUCCAAGAUUAAAACGAGCAGCAGCGUUCACGAGGACGAGGACAUUACUUUAUGUUGGAUCGAGACUACGACAAUCAAAGAAAACAAAACCGUUCGACCGCUGAAGAGGCUGGUAAUCCGCGAGUACACGAUCUCCUUCGAGAAUUCGGUAACUAUACCGGAUAACUAUCUCGAAUGCAAAAAGUUUGAAGGUGAAUUAACCGCGGAUGACAGUGAGAUUGGUAAGACGGCUCUGUUCGAGAUUAUAGACGAGGACACCAAGGUCAGCAAGGUUGUCAAUUUCACUUCAAUUAGUCAUGUUGGUGAUGUUCUUGUCUGGCAACAUAAAAAGGUGAAAUGUGGAGUCGGUCCGGUGGUCACUAAGAACGUCAUAGAGUGGAAUGACGGCGAAAAUCCGAAAAACCCGAAGAAAAGAGUGGAAAUCAAAAUUAGUCCCAAAAUAAAGUCAAUUGAGGAACCUUGCACGGAAAGUUCCGCGGAAGAUAAAAAGAGUAGCAAACCUACUGAUGUUACUACUGAAUCCUGUGAAAAUGCCGAAAGCGGCACUUGUGAAGCGACUACAAAAUCUAAUGACAUUUCAAAAAGUAGUAUUGAAAUCAUAAGCGAAGAGAAGACCACUGAAUCAAAAGAAACUGGCGGCGAAACCGAAGAUAAUAUAUCUACCAGCAUCACGAUUCAGCCAUCCGUAUUACCUAGUGCAGAAAUAUUUACGACUACGAUCUUGCCCACAUUACUUAUUACGAAGAAAGACAUCUUAAGCUGCGAAGAGGACUCGUCAGAUCCAUUAUGUAAGCAAAAGAAUAUUACACAGCCUUCAUCUUCGAAAGAAGCGUCCAUCGAAUCAGGCACAACGGAAGAAUUUAUACCGAUUUCAACUGAAAAAGAAUCAUCAACAUCUUCUUCUGAAGAAGAGGAAGAGUUAUUUGUUACAACUCCUGAAAAUAUCGUUUUCAGCACUCCAGAAAUAGGUAUUACAAGUAGCAAAACGGAAAAGGAGGAGGAAAAACAUUUGACACCCGAAGAAGAGGCUACUUCUAUCGAGUUGUCGAGCGAAAAAUUAAAUACGAUAGACCAUGUUCCGUCUUCAAGUAUAACUUCAAAAGAGACUACGCAAGGUGUGACAAUCACGGAAUCACCGUACAGAUUCACCGAAUCUGUGAAAGAAAAGGAAAGAUUGAGCAGUGUCUUAAACAAGCUAACUGAACCAUCAAUUUCCACUGAAGGUGGAAUCACUGAGUCGUUUACGGAGAUCAAGCAGACAACUUCGUCAUCGACGACAAGCAACGAGAUUAUUGAUUUCUCGUGCGAGAACUCUGAGGAAUGCGCAUCUGUCAGAAGUCCGGAAUCUUGCAAUGAAUCUGAAUGCGGCAGUGAAAUCGUCAAAUCUUGCGAAUCAGGGAUAUGUUCGACGGAGGAAACCGAAGAAUCAAACACGAUUCUUCCGUCAACAAAAAAUCAAUCGUUUGUAAUUGACUUAUCUAACAAAUCAACGAUCGAAAUUCACACAACUAUCGCGACCUUAUCUUCUCAGGAGGUUGAGAACUAUUCAACGACCAUCGAUAACGUUGUCACUCGAAGAAGUACGACAAGAAGAAGUAUGCCGCAUCACAAACUAACUCUGAAAGUGAAGGUUGUUCUGGAACAUAUCGAUGAAAAAGAGAAGAAGCAUAAUUUAGUCGAGGUUGAAAAGCACUUGUCAUUCAAUGAGAAUUCGGCACAACGUCAUUCUGAUUUGCUGGAGCAAUUGAAAUUUUUGAACGAAUCUGUCAACAGAGAAACUUUGAAUGCGUUGUUAAAUUGUACCAGCUUGAACAGCUUGACAAAGAGAUUCGACAUUAGAUCGAACAUUACGCAAUUGAAUGAAGCCAUUGGUGAUAACCACAAAGAUUUGGAAUUUACGAAUCCUUCUGCCGGUCAAGAUUUAAUUUCAAACCAACCCACUUCUGAACAGGAAAACGAAGACGUCCAGUAUUCCGAAGAUUCCAGUAUCCUUGAUCAAGACAACGAUCAAGAGAACGAAGUAUCGUCUCGAAGACGAAAACGCAGAAGUCUUGAUGAUAAAAUAGAAGAUUUAGGUGGAUUCGAUAUUGUUAGAAGAAAUCUUAUUGAAUCCGAAAAAUUGUCGAUUACGGUUAGUCCCUGUAACGCUUCAGAAUAUCCUUCGACAAAGGAGGCUAUACAUCCUUCCACGACGAUAAAUAAUGAAAAUAUUGAAAAUGAGACGAGUAACGCUGUAUAUAUAGAGAAUGAAAGAAAUAUAGCUAAAGAAGAAAAUGACAGUGUAGCUGUAUUUUUAAGAGAUACUGAUAACGAUACUAAUUUAACUACUUUGGAAUAUCAGAAUGUUAAUGCGACGCAGGAGAGCAUAGAGCUUUCUACAACGACAAACAAUCCUGAAGAGGAGACGAGCGACACUGUACGUACAGAAAAUGGAAACGAUACAACUACAGAGAUAAUUUUAAACACAGUGCCUUCGAUAAAAGAAAACAUCGGCAACGAGACAAAGAUAGAAGUCGUGCGACAGACAUUACCAGGGAUACAAGAAGAUGUUUCGGUCGGGUUGCAACACGUGGUAUCGGAAUUUACACAAAAUAACCUGACUUUCGUCAAUACUAACAAGACAGACCAAACAAAUCUGCCAGGUAUCAUAGCAGAUCGCAAGGAUGACAGGAUUCACUCGAGGAUAAGACGAGCGGUUGAAGAGGAGGUCGGAUAUUGGUCAAACGAAAGGAUCAGAGAGGCGCCGAUGGGUGGCAAUCUUAGAAGUUUCACCGAAGUCACACUGUACAAAAUCUUCUCUUGAAUAGAUUAGAUAUUUGGCAAGUUCAAGUUUUAUUUUUCUGCUUUAGCAAAUCUAAUAUCACAUAAAAGGUAAUUUCAAAAAGAUUGAAAUUAUAUUGUGUGUAUAUAAAUUUCAAUGAUCCUUAUUAAUUUAAUCAUAUAAAUUUAUAAAGGUUUUGUAAUCUACAUUCGACUUUCAAAACGCGGCAGAUGAAAUUAUAUGCUUUUUAUUUAC